AUGGAAGAAGACGCCAAAAUGGAAAUUGACCAGCCCGAGCAGCAAGAGGUGCCAGCUGCUGACCCCAAGGCCAGCGACGCGCAGACGGCGGCGGGCGCAACAGCUGUGCGCUCCAUCGAGGGCUGGAUCAUCAUUGUCACCAAUGUCCACGAGGAGGCGACCGAGGAGGAUCUCCAGGACAUGUUUGGUGAAUUUGGCACUGUUAAGAACUUGCACAUGAACCUCGACCGGCGCACGGGUUAUGUCAAGGGCUACGCACUGAUCGAAUACGCCACAUUGGACGAAGCAAAGGCGGCCAUAAAGGGCGCCAACGGCGAGGAGCUUCUCGAGCAAAAGGUCACCGUCGACUACGCUUUUGUACGACCACCACCAGCCAGCAAGGGUCGUGCGCGCGACCAUGACAGGAGACAGAGCGGGCGUGGUGCAGCUAGGGCGAGGAGCAGGAGUCCGGGUCGCGACGACAUGGACGAUGAGUAG